AUGGCAGGCAUCUUCGAGGCGCCGCGGAAUGCGGACACUCUUUUCUUGGGUGGGCAGAAAAUCACCGGUGCCGAUGUCCGGGAGCAGAAUGUUCUCGCAACCCAGGCCAUUUCCAAUGUUAUCAAGAGUUCAUUCGGUCCCUCCGGGCUGGAUAAGAUGAUGGUGGACGACAUAGGGGACGUGACUGUGACAAAUGAUGGCGCUACAAUUCUGUCCUUGCUGGAUAUCGAGCACCCUGCGGGCAAGAUCCUCGUCGACUUGGCCCAGCAGCAGGACAAGGAGGUCGGUGAUGGUACAACCUCGGUUGUCCUGAUCGCCGCGGAGCUUCUGCGGAGAGGAAACGAGCUGAUGAAGAACCGGAUACACCCUACGACUAUCAUCAACGGAUACCGUCUCGCGUUGCGAGAAGCUGUCAAGUACAUGAACGAGAACGUGACGACAAAGGUGGAAAACUUGGGCAAGGACAGCUUGAUCAACAUUGCGAAGACUUCGAUGUCUAGCAAGAUCAUUGGUGCCGACUCCGAUUUCUUCGCGAACAUGUGCGUGGAUGCGAUGCUGCAGGUGAAGUCAACAAACCAGCGGGGCGAGGUCAAAUACCCGGUUAAGGCCGUCAACCUUCUCAAGGCACACGGAAAGAGCGGCACUGAGUCUGUCCUUGUUCACGGCUAUGCUCUGAACUGCACUGUGGCCUCGCAGGCCAUGAAGACCCGCAUUACUGAUGCCAAGAUUGCCUGUCUUGAUAUGAACCUGCAGAAGGAGCGGAUGAAGCUCGGUGUGCAGAUCACUGUGGAUGACCCCGAUCAGCUUGAGAAGAUCCGUGAGCGUGAGGCUGGUAUUGUCCUGGAGCGAGUUGAGAUGAUCCUGAAGUCAGGUGCCAAUGUUGUCCUGACCACUAAGGGCAUCGACGACAUGGUGCUCAAGCUUUUCGUCGAAAAAGGUGCCAUGGCUGUUCGCCGCUGCAAGAAGGAGGAUCUUCGCCGCAUUGCCAAGGCCACUGGUGCCACCCUUGUCAGCACUCUGUCUGAUCUGAAUGGUGACGAGAAGUUCGAGACAUCAUAUCUGGGUCAUGCCGAGGAGGUUGUGCAAGAGCGCAUUUCCGAUGACGAGUGUAUCCUCGUCAAGGGCACUAAGGUCCAUACCUCCGCCUCAAUUAUCUUGCGCGGCCCCAACGAGUUCAGUCUGGAUGAGAUGGAGCGUUCUGUUCACGACUCUCUCUGCGCUAUCAAGCGGACUCUGGAAAGUGGCACCAUCGUUCCUGGCGGUGGUGCUGUCGAGACUGCACUCCACAUCUACCUGGAGGAAUUUGCCGUCACAGUGGGCUCUCGCGAGCAACUUGCUAUUGGCGAAUUUGCGCAGUCCCUUCUUGUUAUCCCCAAGACUCUGGCUGUUAACGCGGCCAAGGAUUCAUCCGAGCUGGUCGCCCAACUCCGUGUCCGCCACGCUCUGUCACAGCGAGUGCAAGAUGGUGAUGCUAACGAGGAGGAGAAGGCUAUCGCCAAGAAGAAGACCUACCGCAACUAUGGUUUGGAUCUGAUGAAGGGACGUGUUCAUGACACUCUGAAGGCUGGUGUUCUGGAGCCCAGCAUGAGCAAGAUCAAGCAGCUCAAGAGUGCUGUUGAGGCUUGCAUUGCCAUCAUGCGCAUUGACACGAUGAUCAAGCUGGACCCCGAGCAGAAGCAAGAUGACGGCCACGGCCACUAA